CAAAAGGUUACUCAGCUGGUCUCUCUCCUCUUUCCAAAGCCUGACUUUCCCUUACCUUUAUUUUUUUCUCUGGUUUGCUACUAAUCUCACAAAAAUACAAACAAAAAUCGAAUAGGAUGCAGUCGAUUUCAAGGAGAAUAGGGCAGAGAGCAGCUCUCAAUUCGGGUGCUUCAAUUGCAUCUCUUAAAUCAAUUUACCCACUCACCCAUCACUAUUAUGGAGAGGGUUAUGAUCAAUCAAGAUAUGUUUCGACGCUCACUCCUAAAGGCGUGGGUCACCUUGUUCGUAAGGGUACUGGUGGAAGAUCUUCUGUUAGUGGGAUAGUUGCUACAGUUUUUGGAGCUACCGGAUUUCUUGGUCGUUAUGUUGUCCAACAACUUGCUAAAAUGGGGUCUCAAGUUUUAGUCCCCUUCCGGGGCUCUGAGGAUUCUCAACGUCAUCUCAAAUUGAUGGGUGAUUUGGGUCAGAUAGUACCAAUGAAGUACAACCCAAGAGAUGAAGCUUCAGUUAAGGCUGUUAUGGCUAAGGCCAAUGUUGUCAUUAAUCUUAUUGGAAGGGAUCAUGAAACAAGAAAUUAUAGCUUUGAGGAAGUCAACCAUGGCAUGGCUGAGCAACUUGCAAUGAUUGCCAAAGAACAUGGAGGUAUCAGUAGAUUUAUUCAAGUUUCAUGCUUAGGAGCAUCCUCUUCAUCUCCAUCAAAACUGCUAAGAGCUAAAGCAGCUUCAGAAGAUGCUGUGUUCAGAGAAAUUCCUGAGGCCACAGUCCUGAGACCUGCUGUGAUGAUCGGUACAGAGGAUAGAAUUUUGAACAAGUGGGCACAUUUUGUGAAAAAAUAUUCAUUCCUUCCGCUAUUUGGAGAUGGAACUACCAAAAUCCAACCUGUGUAUGUUAUCGAUGUUGCUGCUGCAAUUAUGGCUGCCUUGAAAGAUGAUGGAACUAGCAUGGGAAAAGUUUACGAGCUUGGUGGCCCGGAAAUCCUCACUGUGCAUGAAUUGGCAGAAGUUAUGUUUGACAUGAUUCGUGAAUGGCCUCGUUAUGUGAAAGUUCCAUUCCCCAUUGCUAAGGCAAUUGCAAUGCCACGGGAACUCUUACUUAACAAGGUUCCAUUUCCAUUACCCACUCCCAACAUGUUUAAUUUGGAUGAGAUCAAUUCCCUUACUGUCGAUACGGUUGUGUCAGAAAAUGCAUUAACAUUUCAUGAUCUUGGACUUGUUCCACAUAAGUUGAAGGGCUACCCUGUGGAGUUUCUUAUUUCAUAUCGCAAAGGUGGGCCAAAUUUUGGUUCUACAAUCAGUGAAAGAGUAUCCCCGGACUCUUUUCCUUAAGUUUGUUGGUACGGUAUUUUUUAAAAUGUUUCCGGUCCACUACCGCGUUGGAAACUUUGGAAUGCAUAGGUGAUGCCUUCAUUUUCUUGACAAUGAAAAGACGUAAAGUACACAAUUACUGUGCUCGACGAUUCUUCAACUGUUAUGAGAGUCUCAUUCUGUAUCUGUUGUAGAGUUCUUUUGGAUUACUAAUAAGUUUCUGGUAUAGGCAUCAUAGGUUUUCAAAGUGCAACCGGUUUCCAUUGGGACACAUUAGGAAAGAAUAAUGUUGAGUUGUACGAUUAUUGGAUGCAUCAUGGGCAUUUUUGUAAGUACCCAAAGAAAAUAUUCAGAACGUUUUUUUAUAGCAGGUUACCAUGUCUUGGGUUUACUUUUCA